AUGAAUCCUAUGGAAGCCUUCUUCUAUGGGAUUGCAGGAGGUGCUUUCCAUCCUACCUUCAACCGCAUAUCCGCCGACGAGUCACGCCAAUAUCCUGUGCCGACUCCUAUCCCUUGGUUCACACCUCCUCCUCCCAAGGUCCAUCACUGGAGAGGUGGAUUCUCAGACUCUAUCGACCAGGGGAUCUUCAUCGGCAUGGUCGUAGGGAGUGUGGCUAUUUGGUGCGGUCUAGCCCUCAUCUGGUUCCGCAUAAAGGAUUCAGAACCCGACAUCCAGCGCGUUUUACCACUUAAAGAUGAAGAAGAUGGGAUUGGGACAGCAUCUUCAUCUCGGGAGAUGCAACAGCUUAUUAGAGAGCCUGUCGUUGCUUCAUCUUCGGGUCUUAGAAGAUCAGUGGAGGAGGCUUUUGCUAUUUGUAGCGAUGACGAGGAUGAGGAGGAUAGGGAACAUGAUUCAUAUUGGUAG